AUGGAAAAGACAAGCCUCGGUUGGAAGGAAUUUGAGGAAUCCUUGUGCAAGAGGUUUGGUAACAAAAUUUGCAAAGAUAUAGUGGAAGAAUUUAACAAGAUUCAGCAGAAUGGGAGUGUUGAGGACUAUCAGGAAAAGUUUGAGAAGCUCAAGCCUUUAAUGUUGAUGAAAAAUCCCCAAUUAGAUGAAGGCUACUUUGUGUCAAGCUUUAUUAGUGGACUUAAGGAAGAAAUUAAACCAAUCAUCAGAAUGCUUAAACCUACAGAGCUGUCUGCUGCCUAUGAGAUGGUUCAAUUGCAGGAGUACUCCUUGCAGUUGCAGAACAAACAAGAAAAGGAAUUACAGAAAAGUCUAGUGGAAAAUAAGUUUGGCAUGCAUAAAAGUCAGCCUCCAAAUACAAACUCAGGAAAUCUAUACAUAAUUCCCCCUGUUAGCCAGCACAAGUUCUCCAGUGCAAGAAAGGCAACUCCAGAUAAUAACUCCACCAGAGGAUUUCACCACAGGAAAUUCAGACAUCAGUGCAAGAUGGGACACUUAAACUUCUUCAUUGGGGAUGAAGAAGAGGACACAGAAUUUGAGGAUGCAGUGGGGGAACAGGAUGAGCACACUGGGAAUCCAAGAACUGUUAUGGAAAUGUCCUUACAUAUAUUGUCAGAAUCUCUCAAGAGGAAAACUAUCACGAUCACAGGGCAACUGGAUGGAGAGGAAGUGGUAAUCCUGGUGGAUACAGGGAGUUCUGACAGUUACAUUAACAGUGAGUUGGUCAUUGCACUAGACAUUCCCUAUAGAAUGGUUUCACCCUUCUCUGUCAUUGUUAGGAAUGGAGCAUGUGUAACCAGCAAGGCUAUCUGUCCCAGGGUCAGAUGGGAAGUCAAUCAACACAAAUUUGGCUUUGAUCUGAAGGUGAUGCAACUGAGUGGCUGGCAUAUUAUGCUGGGAGUGGAUUGGAUGACUCAUUUUAGUCCUAUCACGUUUGAUUUUCACAACCUCGGAAUCUCUAUGAAGUAUCAAGGAGAAAUGGUUCAUCUGCAAGGGAGUUCAGAGGAUUGUGAGCUGGAUCUGAUCAGGGGCAAGGAUCUUAGGCACUUCAUAGAGUACAAGAAAAAGUACUUUGCUAUAAGAACCAUGGAGACAGACAUGGCCUCAACAAGUGCCUCAAAAAAGACAGGAGAGGAUCAGCAACCUCAGGAGAUCAGAGACUUACUGGAGGAAUUUUCAGUUGUCAUUCAGCAACCUGUAUCCUUACCACCUGCCAGGGCAUGUGACCAUGCAAUUCCCUUGAAGCCAGGAGCUCAACCAUUCAAGUUAAAGCCCUAUAGAUACCUCCAUUCCCAGAAGAAUGACAUUGAAAAACAAGUUACAAUGAUGUUCCAACAUGGAAUUGCAAGGAACAGCAACAGUCCAUUUGCAUCACCAGUUUUACUGGUCAAGAAGAAUGAAGGUACUUGGAGAUUCUGUGUGGAUUGCAGGAAACUGAAUGCGAUCACCAUCAAGGAUUGCUAUCCCAUUCCAAAUGUGAACGAGCUGCUGAAUGAAUUAGUUGGAUCCAAGUAUAAGUCUAUGUUGGAUUGGACAGCAGGAUACCAUUAG